ACAAACGUUUCUUGGUAAUUAAACGGCAAACAGUGGAUUUGAAAAUUAGUGAAGAUUAAAUGAAAAUCAAAACGAAAAGUUUAUGCACAGAUUAGAAACCAAAAUCGACAAAUAUAUAUAUGUAUGCACAUGCCUAGUCCUAAAUAAUGCGGAUGAAAUGAAACCGUAAAAAAUCUUAAAUGCGUAUAUAAAAUGUAUCUACAAAUAUAUGCGUGUGGUUGUAACAAACAUUUACAAAAAGUGUAUAUAAGAGGAAGUGAAUAUUGUCAAAUGGUGAAUAUAAAGUGGAAAACAUAAAAAUAAGCUAAGCGAUAAAAUCUUUGAAAAAAAAAUAUAAAAAAAUCUGCGUAAAUAAAUUUUAAUAAAGUGUGGAUGAAUAAAAGAAUCUAACAAACUCAUACACGGUAACAUAUGAAAAACAUAUUCCCAAAAGUAGUCGGUUAUGAUAUGAACAUAACGUUUCGAUGGACAAUGAAAGUCGCGCCGUGAUAUAAGUAAAACUUUAAAUUUAUAUGAAAAUGAUAUUUCGGCACGAGACUAUUAAAAUCUCAAAAGUAAAAUAAAAAUUAAAAAAAAAACAAAAGAAAGGCAAUGCUCACUCACGAGUGUUCACAACGUAAGCGCGAAACCGAAAUAACCGUAAUACAGUAAAAAUAAUAUGAAAAGUUCAGAAGAAACAGUGCACAAAGCAAAAACAAAAUUAACAAACCUGAACGAAAUUUCUGCGGCAUUCAGAUGUGACAAUGACGCACGGAUUCAACUGAAGAGAGCAAGAGCAAGAAGUGUUAAGGAAAUGAAACAAUUAUCUGAAUGCACAAAAGAAACUAAAGAGCUAUGAUAAAAUCAAUACAAACAAAACAAGUUUGCCAAAUAUUAAAAAUAAUCGAAUAAAUAAAAAUUAUUAAAUAAAUAAAAAAAAAAUCAACAGAAAAUCCACACAAAUAAGAUCAAAGCAAUCAAAGCAACGAAACGGGACAUACGAAAAAGCCAAAGAGAAAAGACUGAACAAAAGGCGCACAGCAAAAAACAUUUACACAAACUCAUACACCCACACGCACGCACUAAACACUAAACUGGCAAACUGGCCUUGACUAGGGAAAAAACGGACAGCGCUAGAAAGUGACUGAAGGCUUUCUCACACCAACAACCACUUUUUAUAGCAAAUAACAAAACUGUGCCACGUUGUCGCGUGCCCCAAAAUGUAUUUCCGACGCUAUUGGCAUUGGCGUUGUUAUUCUAGCUACGCAGCUAUUUGGCUAUUUUGGCUGAUUUUUGUCUGUGCGCAACAGCAUCGGCUUUAUGGUUCUAGCUGCCCCGGAGCAAUAUCAAACGCCAAACAGCAACAAAACAUACAGUUAUUCCAAAAAUAUUCAUCACCACGACAGCAACGAACGGGCAAAGAUUCGAUGAAACAGCUGGUGAAGACUGCAGCUACCAUGUUGCCACAACAAACAGCUAUUACAAGCACUCGUACUAUGCGCGCAACAACUACCUCGCGGCCAGUAAUAGGUGAUGUGGUGACAGAGGCUAUGCCAAUGCGUUGGCUGUACGACAAGGAGGCGGAAAUGCCAGCCAUGAUAACGUCGCAGGAAGUUGACAACGAAAGUGACGAGCGACCAGUGGCAAAACAUAACAAUGAAAUGGCCAUAGCCAAAGCCAACGCGGAACUCAAUGGGCCACACUCGAAGUUCACCAACUCAAUGACAAAGCUGACAGGAAACAUUGACAGUAACAAAGAUAAUACCAGUAAAAGCUUUAACGGCACCACAGUAAGGCAUAAUAUUAUUCGAGUAUUACCGAAAAUGGCAGCAAUGAAAACGGAUGCGAACGCAACACUAAAAUUUGAAAUUUCCACAACAACACCGGCGGUUAGCGCAAUGGCGCAAAUGCCAUCUGCUCGUUCUGCUACGACCAACAGCACUACCAAUAAAACCAACUGCACAACAGCGAGCCCAGCUGGCAAAGAGCUGAUUGUGAAGAAUUUGAAGAACUCGAAGAACGCCGUUAAUGCUGAACAUUUGCUCUAUGACUUUAAACUGAAUUUAGCAAAGUUACUGGCAAAUGAGACUGCAGCAGCAUCAUCUGCUGAUGAUAAGACUGGAAAUUUCACCACUGCUCACAACGCUGUUGCCCUUCCAAAUAGCGUGCACAAAACUAACAGUAGCGGAGCUGAUGUCAUCAGUAAAGUAAUCUUUUUCAACAGAAAUAAAAAAACUAAAAACACAGUAAACAACAACCACAAUGAAAAUAAUUACAAUCUCAACAAAGUCAAUACUCAAUUCGAGCAGGGAAUGCAGUCAGCCGUAGAUCUUGCCCCCAAUCCGUUGGAAUCUAUCGGCUUAAAUUCUAAUUUAUCUAAUGGCACAUUACUUACGGAAAUUUUGGGGGAGAGUAAUAGUGAUAGUGACAGUGGCAUCAGCAACAGGAAAAAUCACAACAAGAACAACUAUAACAACAACGACAGCAGUAAUAACAAAAUUAAUACUCAAAGUAAAACCAACAAAGCUACGCACAGCAACGAGCGACGCCAUAUUGUGCCGGAGAAACUACAGUACACCAAAGAGAUUAGAAUGAAGCAGGGACGUCUAAUGGGCAUCACUCGUAAUUUCCAUUCGUCGACAGGUUUACGUGACGUUGAUCAAUAUCUUGGCUUACCGUACGCAGAGGCACCCGUAGGCAGUCGCCGUUUCAUGCCACCAGGUGCGCCAUUACCUUGGCAAGGAUUGAAAAUUGCACGUCAUUUACCACCCGUUUGCCCACAACAGUUACCCGAUAUGACGGCGCAGGGAAGUGUGAAAAUGUCACGCGGUCGUUACAAGCAAUUGACACGCCUCUUGCCCUACCUGAAGACGGAGAGCGAAGAUUGCUUAUAUCUGAAUGUAUAUGUGCCGCGUGGAGAUGGUGCAGUAUACGAUUCAUCCUCCGUUUACGAUAUGGACAUACCCACAAAGCGUUUACCCGUAAUGGUGUACGUGCAUGGUGAAUCUUUUGAGUGGAAUAGUGGUAAUCCAUAUGAUGGUUCGGUGCUCGCUAGCUAUGGACAAGUCAUUGUUGUUACCAUCAAUUAUCGACUUGGUGUGAUGGGUUUUCUGAAGCCCAGCAUUGAUGAGAAUACAGUUGCGAAUUUCGGCCUACUCGAUCAAAUUGCCGCUUUACAUUGGAUUAAGGAGAAUAUAGCGUCGUUUGGUGGCGAUAAGGAUAGCGUGACACUUAUGGGACACAGCACAGGCGCAGCAUGUGUAAAUUAUUUAAUGAUAUCGCCUGUUGCAUCCGGGCUUUUCCAUCGCGCCAUACUCAUGUCGGGCUCAGCCAUGUCAGAUUGGGCGGUCAGUAAUCAUUCGCUUCAGCUCACAAUGCAAAUAGCUCAUACGCUCGAUUGCCCACUGAAUGAUGACAAUGAGGAAAUGUUAUCUUGUUUGCGACAAAAGCGCUAUCAGGACAUCUUAAAAAUACCAACAUCAUUUCCGCAAUUUUCAACUCCAUUUGGUCCAAUUGUCGAUGGCCAUGUGAUACCAAAUCAGCCAUACAAAGUGAUGGGACAGUAUACAGAACAUUUUAGUCGCUAUGAUUUAUUAUUCGGCGUUACCGAGUCUGAAUCAUAUCACACGCUGGGCGCAUUAGCACUUGAAGAAGGAUUACGUGAAAAUGAGCGAGAUAAUUUAUUACGUUUCUAUAUGCAGACUAGAUUUGAUGUUCGACCCGAUCUAGCAUUGGCUGCCACGCUCAAGAAGUAUGAGGACAUGUACAAUAAUCCUAUAAAGGGCACCAAUUCGGAGCAUCGUGAUGUUGUACUCGACAUACUGUCGGAUGCGCGUGUUGUAGGUCCAUUAAUACAGACCGGUUUGUUUCAUGCAGAUGUCAAUCGACGCAAUUAUAUGUAUGUGUUUGGACAUAAUAGCGCAACAGGACCACAUGCCAAUUUGCCACACAGCAUAACCGGCGAGGAGUUGGCCUUCGUUUUCGGUGCACCACUUGCACCGGCCGGUCCCUUUCCCAGCAACGCGUAUGGCGUGCAAGAAAAGCUGCUCUCAGAAGCCGUGAUGACAUACUGGACAAACUUUGCGAAAACAGGCAAUCCGAAAGCUCCCUGGAAGGGCAACUUUAUUAACUUACAUGCUUUGGAGUGGGACCGUUAUGAUCUUGAUUGGCCCGAGUUUAAUAAACGUACACAAUCCUACAUGAAUAUUGGCAUACCACCAUCGAUUGGCUAUAAGUACCGGCAAAUCUAUAUGAAUUUUUGGAAUAAAGAGUUACCCGAUGAACUGAACCAAAUUGCAAGCAUCCAACGGCAACCGUAUUUGCAUACAACCCUCUACAAUGGCGCUGACAGUGUCUUUGCAGCGAACAGCGGCACUGGCGUAACACAAAAUACAUACCCGCCGCAGCGUCACGGUUAUGGUGGUACUGGUGGUGGCGGAGGUGAGGUAAUAACGGGACACAUGAGUCAAUUUGGUACACGCGACAAUGGUGCCGAGGAUCCAGUACGAACGCUGAAAUUACUAUUGCAAGAGCCAUGGAAAUUAGGUGGUAACAAUGAGGGUGAUGCCAGCACAAGUGAUGCAGGUAUGAAGGAGACCUUCGCUGAGAAUAUGUACAAUGCACCACCGACUUUUGGCGUAACCAAACAAACGAACGAUGAACAAAUCUAUACAAUGGCCACAGCGGGUGGCCUUGGACGAAUGAAUGGUGGUGGCUUGGGUGGUUUCAGUGAAAUUGGUGUUGGUACCGGUGCAGCACUGGCUGGCGGCAAUGCAAUUUAUGGUGUGCCAAGAGCGGAAAUUGCAGAGUACGACAAUAGCGCUGGCCAUAGUGGAAAAGUCGGUUUUGGUGGUGAUGGUGGUGGCGGCGGCACAGGUGACGAAACAGGAAGUACCACUAUCGUGGAUGAUGCAGCCAGCGCUGGCAACAAAGAGGAAGUUGCCAAAUCAGAGACGACAAUACAACUACUCAUCGGACUGAUUGCUGUGUUCAUUGUACUCAACGUCAUCAUUUACUCUACAUUCCUCGUCCAAAGGAAAAAGAAAGCACAUUCCAUGCAACGCAAGCUGGGCGGCAUACUGAGCUAUGAUGGCACCACCGACGAUGAAUUCAAGCGCUCAAAGCAAAAUGAUGGCGACGAAAGCUACAUUCUGGACAUUGUGCGUAAGUCGAACACUUACGAAGCGGUUAAAACUGAGCGUUCGCCCAUUAAUGGCUUUCAAAUGACACGCCAACUGAGUACCUCCACAGUGGACACGCAUACAAAAGUGUGCGCAUGGAUGUCGGCUGCAGCUGGGGCCGUGGCCGAUGCAAAAGCCUGCGGCGUUGGAGGUGGUGCGAACAGCUCUAAAGGAGAUUCGAAAAGAUCGUCCUCACCCACUUUCUCCUCUCUGCGUAGCAGUAGUGCCGGUGGCAGUUUCAAGCAACCGAUUGCUCUGCAGAAGAUAAGCGUUGCGGUAGAUGCCACAGCAUCCGCACGUAGUGGUAGCGUGUUAGAGCAAGAGCCUAUUGAGGUGCACAAACUGAAGGCAGAUGGGCGCAAUAUAAUCAUUUGCCAGGAGGUAGAGGUGGUCGACCAUGAAUUGCUUACGCCGCAAAACUCCCUAGACAGCUCACGUUAUACACUUGCGCGCCAACACUCAGCUGCCACCGAGCCAUGCGACGCCGAGCUGCCACAGCAGGGCCAAUUUCCUGCAUACAUGCCAACGCCACAGCAUACGCACUCACAUUCAGACCCCGUGGAUAUGCAGCACUAUCAAUGCGGCGUGUACGAUACGAUUGAAGAGAAUGAAAAGGUGACCAGUUUCGUAGGUGAGGAUAUAAAUGUGACCAGUCGGGAUGAUGAUGAUGCUGCUAAUGGCGCUGGGGGGAACAUUUGUUUAACACCAGCCCAGCAACUUCAAGUUAUCAAAAGCCGUAAUUAUCCAAAAGUUUUGCCUACUACAAAAACUGUAACAACAACAACAGUUGACAUGGAGUUUCAUGCAAGUGCUGACGAUUCACCACCCAUGACGCUGGAUCUGCGCACCACCAACAAACGUAACUCGCUACCACCUAAUAGCCUCUUACCACACUUCAGCAGCAGCAUUAUGGGAACACUUGGUACACGUUAUCCCCCACUACCACCACCACGCACCAUCUCCACACUUGGACGUAAGCCAUCGCAGCGUCGAAAUAGCAGUAAUAUCACCACAUCGCCAUUAAGGCUGGCGCAGGACUGCACGGCCGAAGAGGAAGACGAGCCGCAAAUCACACAAAAUACGCUUAUUGUGGGCCCCAUAGUGCCGCAGCAGAAACAGAAGACGCAGACGGGCAAUCCUGAUGCUAAUUACUCGACGCUGAAGCGUACCGAGUCAGCCGCAGCAUGCAAUGGAGCGCAAGAGGCAACAAGUACAACAAUAAAAUCAAAAAAUGUUAAGCAUAGCCAUUCGGAAACAUCAUUAAUGCCAACAACGAAUACUCCAAACGGCUCAAUGGCCAACAACACGACACCAGGUGGUGGUGUUACGGGUAUUACAACAUUCUUAAGUAACGACGGUUGUGCUGCCGGCUUGCAAAGCUUCGAAAGCCGUCCAAUUUCCGUUCAAGUGGAAGACAAAUUACAACAACAAAACAAACAACAGCAACCAACACAUCACACCGAACGCGUUUAUGCGAUUCAACAGCCAACUAAUUUGCCAAACACGCAACAAACAGGAAGCCGGGCAAUGCCAGGAAUGGCAAAUACAUCAACACCAACACCAAUUAGUACACCGACGUUAAUGAAUUUGGCAGGCCAUCAGAGUGCCAGUGUACACAAUAAUACCCAUACAGAUGGCAGCUGCAGCAACAGCGCCGACAGUAGUAGCACCAGCAAUAGAAUAGGCCAGCAUAGUCGACCUGACAUCACUGACAUUUAUGCGAUACCUAACAAAUCGACAAUUAAAGCGAAAUCCAAUUUGUCUGCGUCCAAGCUUGCAAUGCACGCUUCUGAGCAAAUGACGUCAUCACAAGUAAAAACAACAGCAAACAAUAAUACAACAGCAAAAGGAGCUUCUGCAGGCUCAAGCGCCGCUUUGUCACGCUUACCUAAUAACGCAAUGCAGCCAAUGGCUAUUGAUGAGACAGCCAAAGCAAACUUACUAAUGUCAACAACGACAACAAAAGCUACGCCAACACCAACAAUCAACUUAGGCACAUCAAAAUUGACAAAUAAUGGCGACGACAAACAAGUGACAGCCAAGAGCAUGCAAACAAUGGAAUCAGUGACAGCAACGAUGGCCCAGAAAUCAACAAGAGUCAGCAACAGCAACGUAAGUGCAACAGUCGGUAAAGGAGCUGCGGCUGAUGCAAUCACAUACCCACACAAGCUUCACAUUGCAGGGCGAGGCGAGGAAUGCAUGACCAGCUUAGAACAAAGACAACACAGCGAACGAGAGCAAAGCGGACUGACGUCAACAUUGAAGAAGCAACGCAGUAAUGGCAGCAAUGGUCUAGCAGCAACAACAACAGAAAGUACAGUAACGCGCGUACCUGUCAAUUACACGUCGACUAUGCCGACAACAUUGUCUUCGACAACAAACGCACCAAUAAGAACAAUAGCCGAUGCCAUUGCCGCACAAUUGGCACAAACAAAGCCCUUAAAAGCAGCUUUGAUGGCUAGUGGUCCAGCAACAGCGGAGCAAAAGCCAGCAUCACUUGGAAGUGACGGCGCCACAGUUGGUUUGCGUGAGUCCAAUCUAAGCUCAAUAUCGUCGAGCUCAACAAAUUCCAGAGCGUCGUCAGCGUGUUCGGGCUCAUCGGAUUCUACAAUAUCAUCGAAUGCGUCUAUUGCAACAGGCACGACCUCGACUUCCUCAUCAUCGUCUACGGGCACUGUACGCACAGAGCUGCAACAAAAGAUUAAUGUCAACGGACGACCAACACAAGUUUAACAAUAACCAAAAACAAGCAAGUAAACAAUCAAUGAAAUUAGAGCGGAUAACAGAACCACAGAUCUGCUGGCAACAAUUCCAAAUGCAACUACAAAAACAACACCGACAUUAGAAAGUAAAUAUUACAAUCACAAUGUACAGUUAAAUCAACAACUACUGGCGAGCAGGUGCUGUUGACAACAUAAAGUGUAAUGCUGAGAAAUUUUAGCUAAAGUUGAACAAAAGUUUGUUUUACACACCUAUAAGUAUGUACAAUACAUACAUAAUGCUAAUAGAGUUACGUAUACGCCCGGUAUGUCUUUGAAUAUUGUGAAAGACUAAGGGGAAAUCAUACAAAUUUACGAGUAUGUAUGUGCUUUCUUGUAUAUAUAAAAUGUCACACAUUUAAGGUAUUUAAUUGAUUGAGUUUUAGUGCAAAACUUUCAACAAGCUAACUGCACGUUGAAAAAGACAAACUUGGCGGUUUAAAAUGAAGCGUAGGCGAGAGCGAUCACAUACCUACAUAAGCAUACAUAUGUAUUUACUUGUAUGCUGUAUUGUAUAAUAGCCCUGCAGGGAAAAUUACAAGUUGCUAAAUUAAAAAAAUAAAUAGUAAGCUUAAAAUUUUAAAUAAAGUAGAAAAUCUAUAAAGUAUUAUUUCCUGGGAAUAAAAUAGUAAUAUAUAGUAUUUAAGUCUUCAGUAACUGUAAAGUAAAUAAUAAGAAUGAAUAAAUAAAAUUUUAUUACCAUACAUUUAAGUAUAUUGCAUCACAAUAUUGCCAGAAAUACACCCGGAACACAAGGCAUUCCUUGCCAUGGAGCAACUUCAAUUAGAAAAAUUAAAAAUUUCAUGUCUAGGUGGAUUAGAAAAAAUAAAUUGAAAUACGUGUGCUUGGCUAAGUAAAAUAAGGAGUUGAAAUAUGUUUACUGAAAUUGUAUCAGAAAAGCUUCCUAGAACACUUAAACUCAUUUUCGGUCGCAUACGGAGUUUUGACCACUUAUUUUAUUUCUCAAACAAGUUUAUUGUGAAUCUUCUUAGACAGGAACUUUAUACCACGAUAUUUAAAGUCCCUGAUCAUAUUCAUAUAAUCUUGUUCUUAAGCAAAAGAAGUGUUGAGAAAUGCUUUGUAGAGCAUAUACAGUCUUUUGGGUUUACGCUUUCUGCUGGUGCUAUUUUUUUU